GUGUCAACGUCAUUUUCUUUCAUUCAGAUUCAGUACAUUUUCAUUUGUUGUACAACUAAACGAAUCACUAAUGAAAACAACCUAAAAUAAAUUUGAAAAUACUUCAUUUCAAGAUGGAUAAACAAAAAACACUUAUAUGUGGAGAUGUAAAUGGAAACUUCAAUGCCUUGUUUUCCCGCGUUGAGACUAUAGUCAAGAAGUCUGGACCUUUCGAUGUCCUGUUAUGCGCGGGAAACUUUUUUGGAGAUGAUAACUCACAAUUAGAUGCUUAUAAAAUGGGCACCCGAAAAGUGCCAGUGACUACUUAUGUUUUUGGGCCAUCUAAAAGUGAACAUGUCCCACUUUAUUGUGAAGAGGGAUCAGAGAUAGUCCCAAAUGUUAUCUACAUGGGUAAAAGAGGUAUAUUUACAACCAGUGCUGAUGUUAAAAUAGCUUACCUAACCGGUUUAUCAAGACGAGAGCUUGGCAAAGAGGUUCCAAUGUGCACAUUUGAGCCCAGUGACUGCAGUGCUGUGAGGGAUGCAUGUUUUAGAGGCCAGAGUGAAUAUAGAGGAGUUGAUUUACUUAUAACUACGCUAUGGCCUGCUGGGAUACAGCAAGAUGAAAUACAGAAGGUAGAUAUAGAACAGGAGAACUUAUCUGACUUACUGUCUUGGCUUGCCCUCCAUAUAAAACCUAGAUAUCAUUUUGUACCAUCUCCUGCAAAACAUUAUGAAAGGCAACCUUACAGAAACCUCUCCACCCACCAAGACUACAGGGAAGUAGCAACUAGGUUCAUAGCGUUAGCUCCAGUCGGUAACAAAGUUAAAGAGAAAUGGAUUUACGCCUGCUCUCUACAACCUAUCUCUAAGAUGAGGAUCACAGAUCUGUUACAAGGCACCACGGAUGAGACGCAGUGUCCUUAUGAUCCUGAAUUGCUGAAGCAACAUCAACCUGGGAAAGUUGUGAAGUUUAGUGGUAACGGUCAAUACUUCUUCAAUAUGGACGGCCCAGAAGAUGAUCAAGGCAAGAGAAAAAGAAAGGGCAGAGAUGAUACCCAAGAAAGGAAAAAGAAAGAAUUUGAUCCAGAUACCUGUUGGUUCUGCCUCUCAUCCCCAACUGUGGAGAAGCAUCUAGUGAUAAGUGUGGGCACCCACUGUUACCUGGCAUUAGCCAAGGGCCCUCUGACACCUUACCACGUUCUUAUCCUACCUAUUGCACAUCAUCAAGCUAGCACUAGGGUACCUGACGAGAUAAUAGAAGAAAUAAAGAAAUUUAAGGGCGCGUUGAAGAAGUUCUACGCGUCCAUGGGCAUGCUGGUGGUGUUCUUCGAGCGCAACUACCGCACGUCGCACAUGCAGAUACAGAGCGUGCCCGUGCCCAGGCAAUGUGAGCCGCAGCUGUUGGAAAUCUUUCAGGAUGAAGCCGGUAUAAACAGCAUACAAAUGGAAGUGCUACCGCCCUACACAGACAUACGGCAGGUGACGCUGCCGGGGGCGCCGUACUUCCACGCAGAGCUGCCCUCCGGAGACCAGAUAUAUGCUAAGACUAAACAACACUUCCCGCUGCAUUUUGGAAGGGACGUUUUAUCUUGCCCGCCGAUCUUAAACUGCGAAGACAAGGCCGACUGGCGGCAAUGCCAGCUAUCGAGACAAGAGGAAGAAGAACACGUAAAGAACUUUCGAGAAAAGUUCCGACCCUUCGACUUUACUGCGGACGAUGAUAGUGACAGUGAUUAAACUGUGUUCGUAAUGUGCAGACAAUAUUCAACCUUACGUGCAUAUAAAUAGAAUAGAUUUUUCAUGGCGUAUGAAACAUGUUUUUAAAAGCGUGUUUUAUAGUUUUUUCAUACAGUGCGGACAAUAUUCAACCUUAUGUGCAUAUAAAUAGAAGAGGUUUUUCAUGGAGCAUAUAGCAUGUUUUUAAAAGCGUGUUUUUUAAACUGUUUUUAAAUUGAAUUUAUUACUAUUUAUAUCAGGAUAUAUUCAGUAAUUUAUUGAUGUGUAGUCAUAUUGUAAUUCUGUUUUUAAAUGUUCUGAUUACCUGAUUUUAACAAUAAAUUGAUCUUUGUUGAACAUUCGUUCGUGCAUUGUACAAACCGAUUAGUCUUAAUUUAAAUAUAAGGAAAAUGAAUAGAACAAUUUCAAGUAAAUGAAUUUUUAUUUUCGUUCACAUCAUACUGUCCUAAUAACUCAUUUGUUUGUAUUAUAAAAACAUAUCUGUAACAACAUGAUUAACUAACCCUUAUAAUAUACUCGUGUAUUCAUUUAUAUUAACAAAAUGUUUAAAAAUGAUAUGGUACAUUGACUAGAAUUCAGAAUGAUAGUUAGAAUAACGACUUUUGCUCCUAAACUUGAGAUAAUGGAGUAUAAUAAAUCAUAAAUACAAUGUAUGUAGAUAAAAGUGUAGUUUAAGGGACUUGCAUGUAUCAUGUUCACCAAAAGACCUGCUUAGUAUACUGGUUUAAAAUUAACAGUAGUAGUAAUUUAUCGAGAAGUUCAUAGUUUAUAUUUUGCAAUGAAUUUUCGCCAUACCCAAAUGUUUAAAAUUCUAAGUCUUGAUGCAAAAUAAAACGACAACAAUGAAAACAUUAACAUUGCCAAAUGAUUACUUGUUGAUUACUAAAAACUACAUUGUAUUAUUGACUAGCAUUAGGAAAUUGUGUCUAGAUUAUAUAAAAUAGAUCUCAAUUAAAUAUAGGGCAGUCUUCGUUGGAAUUACUAAAGAGUGUCAACGUAAACAAUUGUAAAUCAUUAUAAAUUCACACUUAAAAACAUUGUUAGUUGAAUACAAACGCAGCUUGUGUCAACACUCGUAAACUAUGGCUACAACAUGAUACAGUUUAUAAUAUACAAAUUGUAACUUUCUGCCGUAUUCACCAAACUAUAGGUAAGUGUAUUGUCAUGUGUUACUGUUCACUGAGGAUUGUAUAAUACUAACGUUUAAUUUACAUCGAUUAUAACACUCGCAAUUGAUGAAUCCAUCCAUUUGAAGGCGCACCUAACAGUAGUGCGAUUUCAAUGGGCUCUCGGUAUAAGUAUUAUAAUACAAUAGGUAGGUAUCGAUAAAGUUCCACAUCAUUGUCAACAGUACAAGAAGCAAUUCUCAAAUUAUAAAAUAAAUCAACAUUUCAUUCAAAUGUAUCGUUAUCCAAGCAGUCUCCGAAAAGUGAAUGUAAAAGCUAAGUUGAGAAGUUCGGGGAAAUUUCGUCAUUAAUUUAGUCUUACAAUGUCUGUGUAACGUUGGCAAUUUGUGUAAAUGGUGUAUUGUAUACAAUUAACAGUAUAUUUAUGUAUACAUAACAGAUUAUGCGGUGAUUUACUGUUGGCACUUCAACAAAUGCUUAUCAUAAUCCUAAGAUAUAAAUAGUUACUUGAAAAUUCAUUUACACACUCCAAAACCUUAAUGUUAUAGACAAUGAUAAGAUUUGCCAAUGAAAACAUUAUUGUUUUCAUAAACUUUACAACAAUCAAACAAUUCGUAUUUAAUUAAAUAUGGGAUAUAAUUACACAAUUACAUCCGUAACUAGUUUUAAGACUUUUGGUCAAUAAGGCAUUAAGUUUAAAAUAUAUAUUUUUAUUUUAAUUAUUGUUCUCCUUAUUUUUUAUAUUCGAUAGUCAUUAAUGUGUACUUAGCAUUAAUUACAUUAAUAUUUACACAACGACCAGUGGUUUUUGAACCUACAACGUUAACGGCAUUUGAAGCCGUUUGGUUUAAAAUACUCGGUUUCGGAGUACAAAAAGGAUUAAUGAGUUUUACUAUUAUACGUGGCACUAAAGAAUAAAUAUAAUUAUAUUGGCUAAACCUACCUAUCUACAGUUUUAUAUACACGUCUAGCAAUAUGGAAGUGUAACGGAGUUUGGCAACAUUUUGUAAAAAUAUUACAUGCAAAAUACCAACCAAUGCAUAUGCAGUAU